UCGGCAUUUUUGGCAUCUUCUUUGUUCUUGCCGGUUACAUCACAUUCAGAUAUUUGCUGUUCUGCUGCGUUAACUGUUGUGAUCGCGCUUCAAACGGCUGACGCGUUGUCACUUCGGUACAUUACACUUUGGGCGGCCGAGAUGCAUAAAAAUCGUACAAGCAAUGAAGACAUGUGGAAACAUAUAGAAGUAUACUUCGCAUAUGGAGGCGUACAAGCCAUCUCGAUCCUUGUAGGAUUGACAACUCUUUCACUUGGAUGCAUCUGGACAUCAAGCGCACUACACAAUAAGAUGCUUCUCUCCAUACUAAGGACUCCGAUGAACUUCUUUCACUCAACGCCCAUCGCCAGAAUUCUCAACAGGUUUAACAAAGACGUUCACAAACUUGACCUAAAUCUGUACUCAACAGCGGAUGGACACCUAGAGACGACUGUAGGUCUGCCAGUUCUGCUGACAAUGGUUUGCGUUAAAAUACCAAUUUUUCUCUGUAUUCUAGCGCCAUUACUCGUACUUUUCCUAAUGAUUCAGCAAUUCUACAUGGCAUUUUCCCGUCAAGUGAAACGCUUAAACGCCAUUACUAAAUCGCCCGUGUUGAACUCGUUCAGUAUUCGAGCAUAUUCGAUGGAAGGUAGUUUAACAGCGCGAAACAUGCAGUUCUCGACAACAGUCAAAACAGUGUUUUACAAGUAUAAUACCUACAGCUGUGUGUUGCAUCUUAUGUUUAUUUUUCGGUGAAAGCUGAAGUCGGUGCAUUAAUUCUAAGCUACGCUCUCGAGGCUAGUAGGCUCAGG